CUGCUGCUCAUGCUUGCUUCUGACAAGUCAGAUCCACAAAAACCAACACCAUGGUGCAUCUGAGUUCUGCUGAAGCGGGGAAAAUCCAGGGUGUGUGGGACAAGGUGAACAUUGAAGAAAUCGGUGGUGAGGCCCUGGCAAGGCUGCUGAUUGUCUACCCAUGGACCCAGAGGUAUUUUGGAUCCUUUGGAGAUCUGUCCUCGGCUGAUGCUAUAUUACACAACCCUAAGGUGAAAGCCCACGGCAAGAAGGUGCUGAAUUCUUUUAGUGAAGGCCUGAAACACCUGGACAACCUCAAGGGCACUUUUAGCAGUCUGAGUGAGCUGCACUGUGACAAGCUGCACGUGGAUCCUGAGAACUUCAAACUCCUGGGCAAUGAGAUAGUGAUUGUGCUGUCCCGCCACUUUGGCAAGGAUUUCACUAUAGAAACACAGGCUGCCUUUCAGAAAGUGGUGGCUGGAGUAGCUAACGCUCUGGCCCACAAAUACCACUGAGAACUUGGCCUGGUUCCUGGUGACCACUGGAAGACUCUAUUUCCUAGAGCCUAUCUUCUGGACAUUGGGAAACAAUGCCCAUCCUCCAGGGUAUAUAUUCUGCUUAAUAAAGAAUUAGCUGAAGCUCAUCA